AAGGAGUUGGCUCCUCUGUCUGUUUUUAGCAUGAGGAUCAUAGACUGUUUUUAAAAUGAAGACACAUGAACCUGUGUCAGUGUCUCGUAACACGAGUCAGUUGACUGAAGCGUCUCGCUCCUGACAAACCAGUGGUAGUCACUGACCUGUGAGCAGCAGCUGCACGUAGCACAGCUCCUGGGGACUGUAGGAAGUGGAAGCUAAGCUAACCAUGCUAAUUGAGCAGUGACUGACAGGAGACAGGAAGGACAAACCGUAUCCGCAGGAUCUCCGGACCAUUGUCCUGAGUCACGCGUCGUCUCUGUAAGUGGACAGAGUGAAGGAGCAUCUCAGGACACAGGAACUAAAGUUACUUAAAUCAGGAUUAACACGUGAGCUUCAGGGCUCAUUUCUGCCUCAGACACGCAGGCACCUACGAACUCUCACACUUCAGCAUGGUGAAGACAGCGAAGAUGGAGCUGCUGAGAGCGCUCAUCACCGAGUGUUUGUCAGCAGCUGCAGAAGAGAUCUUCAAGAUCGCAGAAAGAACCAUCGCAGCGUAUGAAGAGGAAAUGUCUUGUUCAAAGUGGGUGGUGGACAACCACUGCAGACUGCUGGAUGUUGCCAAGUCAAAUAGCAAAGACUACCUCCAGAUGUCUGCCACUGAUGUGAAGCUGCAUUGUGCCCAGCUGCAGCCUCCUGCCAGUAUCACUGUGAGGUGGGAGGAACCAGUCAACACCUGGUUGGAGCCAACAGAGAACAACACACAUCCACACACUUCUCCCGAUGAUGAAAAAGAUCGAUGCAAUCCCGAGAUUCUGAUCGAUAUUCAUGAAGACGAUGAUAUAAAGCAGGAGUGUGACCCAGACAUGCAUUUGAAGGAGAAGAAACCUUUUAAAUGUCCCAUUUGCUUCAGUAGUUUUUCUUCCAAAAAGACGAUGGUACGACAUGUCAAGAAGCAUCCAGAGUCCAAACCUUACAAGUGGCAGUCCUGUGACAAAAGCUUUGAGCACAGGGACGGUCUGUUCAUUCACAGACAGAAACACAGUGAGGAGAAACCGUACCGGUGUUUGAAUGAAAAGGUGGAAGCAGGAGUUCAGCUCAAAUCCGGGACACCUGUGAGUAAGAUGGAGGAAAUGCCAGAGCUGAGAAGUGUUGAAUCAAACGUGAAGACAUUCCCACUAACUAUCACUCCUUAUGAUAAAAGUGAGUUUGAGCAGGAAUCUCUGCAGCCGCUGUGUCUGUAUCAAAUCCAGACUGUUGCUGACAUAGAUAAAGAAUUCUCAGCUGAACUCCCAGUGGAUCACAUUAAAACUGAGCCAACUGGAGCUCAUGAGGGAGUAUCAGGCACCAACACUGAUAAGCGGCUGCUCCUUUCGGUGAACCCCGCUGAGCAGAGUGAUGUUGGGACAGAGCCCAACCAUCUCAGGAUAAAGCUUUCCUCGCCCAGGAGACUCACAGGAAAACCUACCGAGCUCAUGAUGCAGUUUGAAGCAGGAACAGCACAGAAACCCUACAAGUGUCCUUGUUGCACCAAAUGUUUCUCCUUGACGAAGACUUUAAUAAGACACGUAAGGAUCCAUACAGAGGAAAAACCUUAUCAGUGCCAAUUUUGUGGGCGAAACUUCUGUCAGAAGUCCGAUCUUGUCAACCAUACAAGGAUACACACAGGGGAGAGACCCUAUCGGUGCCAUGAAUGUAACAAAUCCUUUGCUCAGAAGGGCAACCUGGUGGUCCACAUGAGGAAACAUGCAGUGUCAGUGCCAAAAGUGCAGCUGUAACUUUAGUCAGAGGUUACUACACAGAAGUAUGGACAUAGCCAGAGAUUUUAAAAGUUUUUUUCAACAACAUCUUGGCAGAAUGUGGCUGGGGUAAACCUCAAUAUUUUUGUGGAACCACCCAAAAGCAAUGAGGGUUAAUCUGGGAUUUAUGAGGCAUUUGUUUUCAAUCACGUUGUGGGGGUUGGGCUUUGGUGUGUUGUUUUCCCCAGACAAUACAGUGCACUGUUUCUAAAGCUGCUUUCAGACGUGCACUGAACUCCGGAGAUCCUCCGAACAUUCUCUGGAGGGGCUGUAUGUGAGAACGCUAAUGUCCUAGUGAAAGUCUCUGGACGUUCUCCGGCCAACACCCAAUCAUAAAGUCUGCAGAAAGUACAGAAGAGCUGAUGUGAAACACCAAGAGAGAGUGGGUGUUAGAGGUGUGGACAUUUUUCGAUUCUUAGAUGCAUCGUGAUGCGGACGUGCAGACAACAAUGCAGAGACAGAUCAUAAUCGAUUAAUGUUUUCUGCUCGGUCAUUGUUUUAGUUGUUUUCCACAGCUGCAUAAUUAUAACAGCGCUGAUCAAGUCCGGUUGUCCUGUCUCUGUUGGAGUCUGCUUCCUCAUCACUCGCCCUCUGACCUGCGCUCACUUUACACUUAACAACAACAUAAAGACCAUCGCUGACCACAAGUUAUUAGGAAACGUACAGGAUGGACGGUUACACUUGAGAUUGUUGUAUUGUAUUGUGUUUCUCUCUAGAGUUUAUGAGAAGCAUGUUUAAACCUGUGACACAACACAAGACGUAACGUGAUGCGCACAGUCAGGACAUCAGGUUUAAGGUGAUUAUUUCAGUAAAUUCCAACACAAUUGUAAUUGCAGUCUGUAAUACUUUUUAAAGCACUUUCUAAAUAAAAACAGAGUUCAUGUUUGUCUGACUGAUUGUAUGCAGUGCGACAUGUUUUUUGUUUCCAUUCCAAAAUAUAGCAUGUUAUGCGUGUGUGAAAUUUGGUGCAGCUUGAUUGAAUAUAAGAGGAUUGUUGGGCCAUUGUAGUUCUGUCCUGCAGUUCUGUUUGUAAGUGCUUAAAAGUAGUGGAAAUGAGAGCUUCUUUCAUUCCAGAGUUAGCUGCUGUGAAGGAUCCACUCUUACCCACCAGCCACAUCUCAGAUUUGUUUAGUGAUCCACAUUGGUCUAGUGUUGGACUCACCGAUAGCUACAGUGUUAAGGGAAAAAUGUUGAAAAGGUUGUGCCUGUUGCUCAAAAGGAGAGCGGUUUGUCCACUAACCAAACGGUAGCUGGUUUGAUCUCCAGCUCAAACAUAACAUUUUGACAAGAACAAUGUUAUUGUAAGUUGUAAGUACAGCCCAACAUUUCCCAUGAUUCAUUGUGCUUUAGUGACAAACUGUUUUUGCUAGAGGUAAAACAAUAUUCAAUUUUUAAUUUAAGUACUCAAACAGCUAGCAUGUUAUUUUCAACAUUUUUAAAUCAACCCGAAGAACAUUUUCAUCCGUAGCUAUGUUGCUGAUGACGGCUGAAAUGUCGGGACACACUGGUGACACAAUAGGGAGAGUAGACCAGGUCCUCUGCAGGAUGUGUUGUGCCUUGUUUGGCUGCUUUGUAGCGAGACUGUUUCAUCACCUGUUGUUGUUUACAGCUUUAGGCUGUACUUUAUUUAUGUCCUUGAAAAACUUCUCAUGCUCAGAUAGUAUUAAGCAACAAACUGCGGUUACUUAAGAGAAAAAAAGUAUCUUUCUCCGGUUUCUACAGUCCCUCAACACUGUGACACGUCCUGUUCAAUCCGGCACCAUGAGUCACCAUGAGUCACUAUGUGUCACCACUAGAAGGGAUCUACUAGGUUCUACUAGAAGGGAUCUCUGUGUGAGAUCUCUACAUGUUGAGGUGGAGAAUCUGUUUGCCAAAACAAAAAAAACUUCUCCAGUGUGGUGAGUAGGGUUGCAAAAUUCCGGGAAUAUUCAAAGUUGGAAACUUUCCAUGGGAAUUAACGGAAAUUGUGUGGGUAAUUUAUACUAACUGUAUUUACCUUGUUAUAUACAGACAUAAAUAUAAACAUUUGUUUUGUCAUAGGCUGAUUUGAGCACUGAGGAAACUUUGGGCUCUUGACUAUAUGCUUCUGCAUCUUUGUGUCAUUCUUAACAUAGGUCUUUGCACAGCCUUUCCUUCUACAUUGGCUGGGGUGAAAUGUCUCCACACAUGAGAGUGCAUGUGGCAUUGUUCUGUAGAAUAAGAUGAGGAGAAAGCUUGUAAAAAAACACUAAUGCAAUGCUAGAGAUAUAAAUAAUUGGCCAAACAAUUGGAAUCGUCUGUAAAAAUAUUUUACAAUGAUGGAUAAAUAAAUAGAAAGAGGCUAGAUGGACAGAUGAACAAUCUUCAAUCAGCAUGCUAAUAUAUUUUCCCGAGUAAUAUCAUUGAAACUUACCUGACUAGUCCUGCACACUACAACAGGCCUCAAUAGCUCUGCUGUAGUGUGCAGGAUGCUGGGAAUUAUCUGUGCAUGUGAUAGAGAAAUGUUCAGUGGAGGGUUGAAAUUCAACAUGCAGCGUGUGCUGCAUUCCAUACAUCUUUAAAAUAGAGUUUUGAAUGAUGUAUUUAUUGCUCAGCGUUUAAUUUGCGUAUAUAUAAUUUUUUCAAAAUUCCCAAAGUUCCCAAGCUGAAUUUUCUAAUGGAAAGUUUCCGGAAAUUUACCGGAAAUGUUCCGCCCCUUUGCAACCCUAGUGGUGAGCAUAAAAAAAUAUGAUGUGUUGCGAAGUGGUAAAGGACGGAUGUUUUCAGUUUUUAUUGUAAUUGAAUGGUUACUAGUUUGUUUUUAUAAUUUUAUUUUGUGCGAUAUGUGUUUCUACAUCAACUAUUAAAAUUUACAUCUGUA